AUGGGUCUGUGCCUGCUGCUGCUGGUGACAGCGAGCACAGCUCAGCGCAAAGCGUCGCUGGAGAAGCGUUUCGAGCGCUUGAAGAACCUCUCGCUGAUCCCAGCUCUAGGCGAUCCCGCUCGAUUCGUAGAUCAUCGAGAUCGCACCUCUCUCCUCUCUCGCAUCCUCAUCCCGCGCGUGCCGGAAAGCGCAGGCUCUAAAAAGGUGUUGGAUGCGCUCAAGGAGCCUUUUGAAGCUUUGAACAGGGAUGCAAAAUCUUUGGGCUGGCACGUGCAGACGUUGCCCUUUGAGACCAAGACGCCGCAUGGAAUGAAAAAGAUGACUAAUCUGGUCAUCACCAAGAAUCCAGCUAGUCCUAGACGUCUUACGCUUGCCGCUCAUUACGAUUCCAAAGUGCUGCCACGAGGCUUUUUGGGCGCGACGGAUAGCGCUGCCCCCUGCGCCAUCAUCGUCGAUACCGCUAUUGCCCUCGAUGCGGCACUGGACAAGGCGGAGAGGAGGUAUGCCAAGGAAGGAAAGGGUAAAGGAUCGGACGUGACUUUGCAGCUCAUCUUUUUCGACGGCGAAGAAGCUUAUGGACAGUGGACGCACACAGAUAGCAUAUAUGGCAGCAAGUAAGUGUGUGGCACCUUUCUCAUCUCGUGGGGAGUGCUGGGACGCAAUCGUGUGCGCGUCGGCUUGUUUUACAAAGUCCAGCAAAAGUUGAACCCCCAUUGCCGCUUCCUCUCCUUUCCCGCUCUUCUCUUUCUUCUUCCCUUGGCUGUCCGAAAUUCGAAGGGAUUUGGCGAGCAAUUGGACUCGCUCCGCACACUCGCCGCCGCACGCACCACCAGUGGGAGCAGCGCGUCUGUCUCAAGCUCGAUUUGCGACCGAAAGGCCUAUACGCAGCAUCGACACGAUAGAGCACCUAGUUCUACUCGACCUUCUAGGAGCUAGUCAUCCACAGAUUCCUCCAUAUUUCCCCAGCACCAGCUGGUUGAAUACGCGCUUGUCCGAAGCUCAAAAGAGGCUGCAGCAGGAAUUGCUGUUUUGGCCACCUCAUCAGACAGCCAACAGGCAUGAUGAGAAAUGGUUCGGUGGACAUGCGUGGGGCGGCAUAGAGGAUGAUCAUUUGCCCUUUCUUGCAAAUGGAGUACCUAUCCUUCAUCUCAUUCCCACGCCAUUUCCCGCAGUUUGGCACACCAUGCAGGUGCGUAACUCGUCUUUCCCCACAUUCCACGAUUAGUCGUGCCUCCAUCCCCGCCCCCGUUCGCAUCCGGCUACUCAGACUCUGACAAAUAUCCUUUCCCCCCCCCUCUCCAUCCCCAUUCGCAUGCGCAUCGUGGUUGCGACUGCAGGACGACGCCUCUGCAUUGGACUACGGCACAAAUUACGGCUGGACCAUGUUGAUGCGUCUAUUCGUCGCCGAAUACCUCAAUCUAGCAGCAGCGGAUCUGGAACAAGCUCCACGGGCCAAUAGGCAAAGGCAAGAGGUGCGAGAGGAGCUGCUGGAGAGGCAGGUGCAGCAGGGUCAGAGGAUCGAGAUGGACCAUUCGAGCGCAGAGGCAGAGGCAGAGGCAGAGGCAGAGGCGGAGGCGGAGGCGCACAAGGCUCAGCCGUUGCGUGCGCGAGACGAGGACGAUCUGGUGAGCUCUCUCCCUCUCUCUCUCUCUCUCUUCUCACCCCCCAGGCAACAAUUUUUGCCCUUUUGCUCUUGCUCUUGAGAGACGUUGCGUGGCUAACUCAAAUUUCUCUCGUACCAAUUUCGGUGCUGUGCAGCAGUAGUCUGAAGCACCAUUGGCCCCAUCCCCCCCACCAUUUGCGCGGAACAAUCAAGAUGCUUUACACGUCACCCACUCAAAUACAUGCCCUCACAACUACGACCCUCGUCGCUCAAGCAUCAUUGCACGCUCUCACAAAUCGCUCUCCUGAGUGCCCCCCCCUGGCUUACGAUUUGGGCUUGCUUGACCCGCAAGCGACGCUCAUUCACGCUCAAUCCUUUUUCGCCUUCUCGGACGAAAGAGGUAAGAUGCCAGUGGGCUACGGAGGGCGCGCGCGCGCUGCCAGAACGCUACGCUCCGAGUGGGUCUUUUUUCUUUGUUUGCCUUUCGAAUUUCGGUGUUCGACUGUACGCGGGAAACGAAACAUUCUAGUGACUUUUAGUAUACGGUGACGCGUUUUCGGGGAGGGAUGGGGGAUGGGGAAAAGGAUUUGGGGCUAGGGGUGAAUGGGAGAAGCAAAAGCAAAAGGAAAGGAAAGGAUGUAGGCUGGUCGAGGAAGAGAGGAGAGGAGCGUGGAUGCAUUUGUUGCUGUGCAGCAGAUGAAGCGGAACAAGUUCGAGGCGAGAAAAAGUUGCAGCGGGCGAGCAGCAGAUGCCCGCCGUGCCAAAAGAGAGAGCCUCUUUGUUGUCUGGACCAGCGAGAAUGGGAAAAGGAGCGUUGGGAUACAGAAGAAGGCGAAAGGGAGAGAACGGUUGAUGACGCAAAGGCACGCAUUUUUGGAUCGGACGAGAUUACUGCGGUGAGAUGGUUUAAGGUAGGAAGAAGGCGCAACCAGCUGGCCGCAAGGAAGCAGCACGACCUUCUCGUGCUCGUGGCUGGCACGUUUGCUAUACGGAUUGAAAGAGUCUGA